GAGGCGGCUCUUCCCAAGCCGGAAAUGACGCGCGGUUUCUGGGCUGGUCAUGGACUGUAGGCUAAGGCUGCUGAGGCGGCUGAGGUAAAAAAUGGCUCGGACUAUCACGACAGCGACGGCAGCGGCCGCGGCUGCUGCUGAGGCGGUGUGAGUGAAAGAUUAAGUGACUUGCCCAGGGUCACACAGCUAGUAAGUGGCUGAGGCCCAAUUUGAACUCCGAUCUUCCUGAUUCCAGGGCCAGUGCUGUAUCCACUGAGCCACCUAGCUGCCUCCAAUUGAAAAUUUAGGCAGCAUCAUAUACUGUACAUCUGGUUUAUUCCUCAAGACCUACAAGACAGACUGGUUUAGAAGAUAGCCUUGCCCUUUUAAAUGGACAUCCUUUUUACAGCAUGGCUCAGCUAUCCAGUAACAAUGGGUUUAAGCAGUGUUCAUCCUCACCUUCGGGGCCAGCAAAGACAAAAGAUGUGGACAGGGAAGAAGCAUUACAGAUGGAAGCUGAAGCUCUAGCAAAACUGCAAAAAGACAACAAAAGAGUAGUUGAAAAUCAACCAGGUUUUGAAUUCUCAAGUAGUAUUGCUCAGAAAUCACAAGAAAUUAAUAGUAAACAGGACCUUGAUCUCAUGGUGUUUCCUGAAUCAGAUUCACCCAAAAGGGCUGUAGACAUUGAUAUUGAAAAGCUAACUCAUGCUGAACUUGAGAAACUACUGCUAGAUGACAAUUUUGAAUCUAGUAAAGCACCUACAGUGCCAGGUACUCCUGUCUUGAGCCCUUCUUUUUCAGCACAGUUUUAUCUACGGCCUACUAUUCAAAGGGGACAGUGGUCACCUGGAUUCCCUGGGCCUUGCACUUUACCUUCUAUUUAUCCAUCACCUUACUGUAAACAGGCUGGUGCAUUCCAAAAUGGCUUCAGUUCAAGCAUGUCUACAUUUCCAUCUGCUGAACCUAUUUAUUUAAGUUUUCCAAGACAAUCCCAAUACAUUUCAUACCCUUCGACACCUUCUACAUCUUUUCAUCCACAAGGAAGUUUACCCAUUUAUCGUCCAGCAGUCAGUCCUGAAAUGGCAAAACUUUUUGACAAAAUAGCUAGCACUUCAGAAUUUUUAAAAAAUGGCAAAGCAAGGACUGAUUUGGAGAUAAAUAAUACAAAAGCUACUGUUAGUAAUUUACAAGGGUCCCCAAAGUCUGAUGAUAUUAGUAAAUUUGACUGGCUAGACCUGGAUCCUUUAAGUAAACCUAAAGUGGAUAAUGUGGAGGUGUUGGAUCAUGGAGAAGAGAAAAAUACGCCAAUUUUAACAGCAGAGGAUCCUUGGGAUGCUGUGCUUCUUGAAAAAAGAUCAUCAACAGGUUGUAAUCCUGAAAAAAAAGUAAAUGGAAAACCCCUUCUGGGAUCAACAGUAACAAGAAGUCAUUCUUUAAAUAUUAGAUCAGCUCAGCUUACAAAAGCCCAAGGCCAAGUACAUCAGAAAGAAAGUGGGACCAGUAGUUUGUCAUCUGGAAGUUCUCUUUUACAAGAAGAUGAAAUCCAGAAUGAAGAGGUGGCAGCUUUUUGUAAAACCGUUUCAAAAUUGAGGACCAACUUUCCACAUACCAGUCGACUCACAAAUCCAGGUUAUGUGCUAAGCCCAGUUAUGAUGCAAAGAAACACAUGUGGAGAGAAUUCUAGUGUGAAGGUCUCCAUAGAAAUUGAAGGAUUUCAGUUACCAGUUACUUUUACAUGUGACGUGAGUUCUACUGUUGAGAUUAUAAUAAUGCAAGCACUUUGCUGGGUCCAUGAUGACUUGAAUCAAGUUGAUGUUGGCAGCUAUGUCCUUAAAGUUUGUGGUCAAGAGGAAGUGCUGCAGAAUAACCAUUGCCUUGGAAGUCAUGAGUAUAUUCAGAACUCACGAAAAUGGGACACAGAGAUUAAACUGCAGCUCUUGACCUUCAAUGCAAUGUGCCAAGAUCUGGCUCGAACAGCAGAAGAUGAUAAAACACCUACAGAUUUAAGCAAAUAUCUACAUCAUAUAGAAAAUCCAUUUAAAGAAGUCAUGACAAGACAUUCUGUUGAAGAACUUCUAGAUACUUAUCAUAACCAAGUGGAAAUGGCUUUUCUAAAUGAAAACCAACAUAGAGCAGUAGAUCAGGUAAUCAAAGCAGUAAGAAAAAUCUGUAGUGCUUUAGAUGGUGUAGAGACCUUAGCCAUUACAGAAUCUGUAAAGAAACUAAAAAGAGCAGUUAAUCUUCCAAGGAGCAAAAGUGCCGAGGCAACUCCAUUAUCCAGAGGUGAUAUAAUAAGCAAGAGUUCAAGUAGGGGUUCCCUGACUUCAGAAAACCCUGUUCAAGUAAGCAUAGACCAGUUAACUGCAGCUAUCUAUGAUCUUCUCAGACUUCAUUCAAGCUCAUAUGGUGGUUCCAUAGACUAUGGACAAAGUCAUAGGACCACUAAGGAAGCAUGGACUACAACAGAACAACUCCAGUUUACAAUAUUUGCUGCACAUGGAAUUUCAUCUAGUUGGGUAGCAAAUUAUGAAAAAUACUAUUUAAUUUGUUCCCUGACUCACAAUGGAAAGGAUCUUUUUAAGCCUAUUCAUUCAAAGAAAGUUGGCACAUAUAAGAAUUUCUUCUAUCUUAUUAAAUGGGAUGAACUAAUAAUUUUCCCCAUUCAGAUCUCACAGUUGCCAUUGGAAUCACUUCUUCACCUUACCCUUUAUGGAAUUUUAAACCAAAACAGUGGAAGUUCCCCUGAUUCUAAUAAACAAAGAAAGGGACCUGAGAUCUUAGGCAAAGUUUCUUUACCUCUUUUUGACUUUAAGCGGUUUUUAACCUGUGGAACUAAGCUUCUCUAUCUUUGGACUUCAUCCCCUACACAACCCAUACCUGGGAUAACCCAUAAAAAGGGACAAGUGAUGGAAAGAAUAGUAUUGCAGGUUGACUUUCCUUCCCCUUCAUUUGAUAUCAUUUAUACGACUCCUCAAGUUAAUGGUAGCAUUGUACAGCCGCAGUGCUUAGAAACACUGGAAAAAGAUACUAAAGGAAAACUUCUUGCCAUUCUUUCCAGAGAUUCUUCAUUUGGACUUUCUAAAGAAGAUAAAGCCUUUUUGUGGGAGAAGCGUUAUUAUUGCCUUACUCACCCAAACUGCCUUCCAAAAAUACUAGCAAGUGCCCCAAACUGGAAAUGGGCAAAUCUUUCUAAAACAUACUCAUUACUUCAGCAGUGGCCACCAUUGCCUCCACUGAAUGCCCUGGAACUGCUAGAUUCAAAAUUUGCUGAUCAGGAAGUAAGGGCCUUGGCUGUGAACUGGAUUGAGACAAUUAGUGAUGAUGAGCUAGCCGAUUUUCUCCCACAAUUUGUUCAAGCUUUAAAGUAUGAAAUUUACUUGGAUAAUUCAUUAGUGAGAUUUCUCUUGUCCCGGGCAUUGGGAAAUAUUCGAAUAGCACACUACUUAUAUUGGCUGCUGAAAGAUGCCCUGCAUGAUGCACAGUUCGGUGUUCGAUAUGAGCAUAUUCUAGGGGCCUUCCUGUCAACUGGAGGAAGGGGAUUAAGAGAAGAGCUCUUAAAACAGACGAAACUUGUACAGCUUUUAGGAGGAGUGGCAGAGAAGGUCCGACAGGCCAGUGGGUCAGCUCGGCAGGUUGUCCUCCAAAGGAGCAUGGAACGUGUACAGUCCUUUUUCUUACGCAAUAAAUGUCGUCUCCCUCUCAAUCCAAGUCUUGUGGCAAAAGAACUGAAUAUUAAGACAUGUUCCUUCUUCAGUUCUAAUGCGGUUCCCCUGAAAGUCACAAUGGUGAAUGCUGAUCCUUUAGGAGAGGAAAUCAAUGUCAUGUUUAAGGUUGGUGAAGAUCUACGGCAAGAUAUGUUGGCUUUACAAAUGAUAAAGAUUAUGGAUAAGAUCUGGUUAAAGGAGGGACUGGAUCUGAGAAUGGUCAUUUUCAAGUGUCUUUCAACAGGCAAAGAUAGAGGCAUGGUGGAACUUGUACCUGCUUCAGAUACACUCAGGAAAAUCCAAGUAGAAUAUGGAGUGACAGGAUCCUUUAAAGAUAAACCACUUGCAGAAUGGCUGAGGAAGUAUAAUCCCUCUGAGGAAGAAUAUGAAAAGGCUUCAGAGAAUUUCAUCUAUUCUUGUGCUGGAUGCUGUGUAGCCACCUAUGUGUUAGGUAUCUGUGAUCGGCACAAUGACAAUAUAAUGCUACGAAGUACAGGACAUAUGUUUCACAUUGACUUCGGAAAAUUUUUGGGCCAUGCACAAAUGUUUGGUAGCUUUAAAAGAGAUCGGGCUCCUUUUGUGCUAACCUCAGAUAUGGCAUAUGUCAUUAAUGGAGGUGAAAAGCCUACCAUUCGUUUCCAGUUGUUUGUGGACCUCUGUUGCCAGGCCUAUAACUUGAUAAGAAAGCAAACAAACCUCUUCCUUAAUCUUCUUUCACUGAUGAUUCCUUCAGGGUUACCAGAACUUACAAGCAUUCAGGACUUGAAAUAUGUCAGAGAUGCUCUUCAACCUCAAACUACAGAUGCAGAAGCUACAAUUUUCUUUACAAGGUUGAUUGAAUCAAGUUUGGGAAGUAUUGCUACAAAAUUUAAUUUCUUCAUUCACAACCUUGCUCAACUUCGUUUUUCUGGACUUCCUUCUAAUGAUGAGCCCAUUCUUUCAUUUUCUCCCAAAACAUACUCCUUUAAGCAAGAUGGCCGAAUCAAAGAAGUUUCUGUUUUUACGUACCAUAAGAAAUACAACCCAGAUAAACAUUAUGUUUAUGUAGUAAGAAUUUUGAGAGAAGGACAAAUUGAACCAUCAUUUGUCUUCCGAACAUUUGAUGAAUUUCAGGAACUUCACAACAAACUUAGUAUUCUUUUUCCUCUUUGGAAGUUACCAGGCUUUCCUAAUAGGAUGGUCCUGGGUAGAACUCACAUAAAAGAUGUAGCAGCCAAAAGGAAAAUUGAGCUGAACAGUUAUUUACAGAGUUUGAUGACUGCUUCAAUAGAUGUUGCAGAGUGUGAUCUUGUUUGCACAUUUUUCCAUCCUUUACUUCGUGAUGAGAAAGCUGAAGGAAUUGCUAGAUCUGCAGAUGCAAAUCCCUUGAGUCCUACCUCUGGCCAGGUAGGAGGAGCAGUAAAACUGUCUAUCUCUUACCGAAAUGGCACUUUAUUCAUCAUGGUGAUGCAUAUCAAAGAUUUGGUUACUGAAGAUGGGGCGGACCCAAAUCCUUAUGUAAAAACGUAUCUACUUCCAGAUACCCACAAAACAUCAAAACGUAAAACCAAGAUUUCACGAAAAACUAGAAACCCAACAUUUAAUGAAAUGCUCAUAUACAGCGGAUAUAGCAAAGAAACUUUGAGACAAAGAGAACUUCAGUUAAGUGUACUCAGUGCAGAAUCUUUACGGGAGAAUUUUUUCCUAGGUGGAAUAACUCUGCCUCUAAAAGAUUUCAAUUUGAGCAACGAGACAGUUAAAUGGUAUCAACUGACGGCAACACUAUAUUUGUAAAUUCGCCAGUGUUGGAAGCAAGAGGAGAUGAAUGAACCCUGCUGACUUGUGAACUUUUUUAUGUUUUUUUCUACUUGGACAGAAUUUAAGACAUUAAAUAAACUUGGUGUUUUCAGCACAUCUGUUGGACCAACCAUCACAAAAUUAGCAUGAUGGAAUUUUAUGGGAGCCAUCUAUACUUUUAAAGUUACUAUGGGAUGCUGCAAAUCCCAAACUUAAUUUUUUUUACCAGUUUCUUAAAAUAUGUGCUUUUUGAUAUUGAAAUUUUUCAACCAUCCUUAAUUGUUCAGAGUAAUAAUUUUGGCUUAGUUUCAUUGUACUGUAUCAGUUCAACCUCCUAUUUUUCUAUUUCCCACCCUGCAAAUUUGAUGUAUUUUCCUCGCUGUUACUUUUUACAUUCUAGUCACUAUUGUGUGUAUGAAAACAUCAAAGCAGAGAAAGGUAUAUAAUUUUAGCAAAAGAAAUGCCCUGCUGUUUUUUUCAUUACUGUCAUAAAUAGAACAUGGUUAAAAACUACUGGGUAGUACAAAAGUUGAAGGAAGUAAGAAAAUGGAUAGUGUUGCUUUUUAUAUUAUCCACACCCUGGAGUCCAAUGUCUUUAAAACCUUUUUCAGAGUGAGUGCCAACAAUGGAAGUUGUAAAUAAUGGUGCCUUAACUUCAGAUGCUUCCCUCCCUGGUACCUCAUUUCUGGUGGUUUUUCUAGACAUACUCAUUAGUAAAUAUUUUCUAUAUCUUUCCAAUUACUAAACCAAAAAAGAAAAGCCUUUACUUUGUGAAUUAAGCAUCUACUAAUUCUUUUCCCAUGGAAAAACCACUUGCUACACUUGGAAUACAGAAAUGACAUCCAUUCAGUCAUAUUGUGUGCAUAUGACAUCUGUUAGUUACUCAGUAACUUGAUGUGAAUGAAAGUUGAAUGUACAGGAAAAAUACCUUCAUUCCAUUGUUACAAACCUAGCUUAAGCCUAGUGAAAUGAAUUAAAGCCUAAGCAUCAUGCACCUACACUCUGAUCCCUCAAUACAAGUGACAGCUUUUUACCUGUGGCCCAACUUCCUGCAUACUAUGAAAACAUCAUCAAAACAGAUCUUGAUUAGAUGUCUAGGACAUUAAGAACUAGGUAUUUGGAGGUUUUAAGUAUAGACCUAAGUGGGGAAACAUGCCUUAGUCUGAUAUUUUUACUGCUCAUUAUUAUAAACAUUGAAAUUCAUAUGUAUAUAAUUAUUUUCAGUAAAUUAACAAAGUUCAGAACCACCUUAGGAAGAGAUGGAAUUAUAAUUUAAUAACUUCCCAUAAAUAUCAUUCAUGUAUAGAUUUACUUUUACACACACACACACACACACACACAAUGUUUUUGUCAUUUUAAUUUGUUUUUGUUUUCUAUGAAUCUUUAUAAACAAAUUUUCACAGGAAUAAAUGUAAAACUUUUAUUUAAAUGAAGGAAGGUAUAGAUAUGCUGAUUGUUUAAAUUCUGUUCCUUGUAAAAUGACAGUUUUAGGAAAGGAACAAUCAGAUUAAGGGAUCCCCACACAUGAAAUGAUUUCUGUGAAAUGUACCUCCUGUUUUGCACAAAGGAUGAUAGUUAAAGAACAGACUGUAACUGGAGAAGCAUUAAGUGGGGAGGGGGAAGAGGAAAGAACACUUGAAACUACUUGGUGCCUAACACUAAUGGUCCAUUUGUUAAAUAAUUGUUCAAGUAGAAUCUGUAGAAGACUUUCUUUUGGAAUGUUGAAAUGCCUUUAUACAUAGUAAAUAGAGUAAUCAAAAUGUGGAUCACUUAGUGUCCAAACUAAAAUCUUCUUUUUUAUGUAGAAUUUAUCAUUUGUUUAAAUAACUGUAAGUAACUUAGUAUGUAAUAUGAGGAGCGCUCCUAGGUUGUUUUUCCUGCUCACUUGAUGCUUUUGAGACUUACUCCAUUCCAUCAAUAGAACCACAAGUCACUUAGCCCCAGGAAAGCAAAAUACUGUUUUUGUGAAACAUUUCAUUAUUAAUUGAAGCAAUAUGAACUGCCUUUUUGCAGUCAAUUAUAGCACAGUGUCUUAUAGCACAAAUAUUAGAAAUAGACAUUUUUGAAACAUUGCUUUGCAAUUAUAAAAGGUAUCUGAUUCUUGUCUGAAAAUGUAUAUUAUGAUUAGUACUGUAUAGUUAACUAGAAUUCAGGACAAGUGCUAACAAGAUUUUCCUCAGCUUCUCUCAUUAUUGUGCCUUUUUGUCCCUUUUUUACUAAACAUUUAGUGUGAUAUUUCCUUGUUUGUAAAAUGUAAUCAGCCCUCACCAAAAACUAGAGAAGAAUGGCACUGACUUAAGCCUCUUUGCACUACUCUUGAUAGAUUUAAAAUAAAUUGAACUUCUAAAGAUAUGUUUUAAACCUUUGAUUAAAAAUAAACAUGAAAAAUGAAUGCAAGUGGGAUCAGAAGCUGGCCAAGACACUAAUUAAUGAGACAAUUUGCAAGCACUCACACAACAACUGAUACUUUAUAUUUAGUCACACAAAAAGAAUUCUGUUGUUUGUAGGCAGCCAAAAAAAAUUAUUAUUUUUUGGCUGACCGGUAGAGCUGUGAGGAUGAUGGCUUGCUUAAAGAACAGUGACCUCUUAUUUUCUCUACUGAAAACUCAAUGUAGAACCUGCACUGAAGUUUGUUUGUUUUUUUUACUGCCUUUAUAUGAUCCUUAGGUAUAUUAGUAUGUUAAUGCAUGCAUGGUCUUUAAUAAAAUUUUCAUUUUUCUAUUUUUAAGAUUAAGGCUUCAUAGAAGUUUCAGUAUCCUGCCUUAAACUGACUGCUCUUUUUAGAAUUCUAAUAUUGUGAAUUUUUCACAAAGAAACAUUUAUUUCUGAUAUUUGCAGGCUAUUCCUAUUUCAUAGGGAAAAGGGAGGUAUAGCACCAUUUUCAUAAUCUAUGGUUUAAAGUUCCUAUAAUAUUUACUCACAUACUGUGACAACAGUGCAUAUAUGAAGAAAUAACCAGCACGGUGAGUUAGUCUCAUGUUAACUAUAAGAACCAAAUAUUUUAAUUAUAUUGUGUCAAUAGUCAAGAUGUAUAUUAUUUCCUUUAAUACCUUAAAUGUAUUCAAGAGAUUAAAUGUGACUCUGUAAUUGUCUUAUAAUUGUAUUAAACCCUUCUGAAAUAAAGCACCACAAUUGUCAUCA